GCUCAGAGAGGCAGCGCUCGUGGCCGCCCAUGCGCACCAAGAACUCGAGGGGAGCACGAAGGACAACGUGAAGCCGACACGCUUGGAUCUCUCCUCGCAGAAGCAGUUCUCGCACAUCUCGUGGCAGCGCAUAGACGACAUCGGUGGGGGUCUGUACAUCUGUGGGGCAGCGGCUUUGGACAACAAGGCAGAGCUCAGCAGGUUGGGCGUAGGCUGCAUCCUGAACUGUGGUGGUGAGGACAUCUAUACACGGUCCUACAACUGUGCAGUUGGCACACCCCUCAGCAAGCGCCUCCAGGGCUUCCAAGUGGAGGUUCUCGAUGCAGAGGAUGUUGAGCAGCAGGACAUGCGUGCAGCAUGGCAGAAGGCGGCCAGCAUCAUCGACCAGGCCUUGAGACGAGGCGACGGCGUUGUUGUCCACUGUGCCCAGGGAGUGAGCCGCUCGAGCAGCACUUGUAUUGCGUACCUCAUGAUGAAAGAGAAUCUUCCAUUGGAAGGGGCGUUCCGCCGUGUUUUCCAGGCAAGAGACUACAUCCGACCCAAUGUCGGCUUUUGGCGCCAACUCCGAGAGCUGGAUGUAUCCUUACGGGGGCGUCCGUGGCAGCCAGCUGGACAGCUUGAUCCAGCUGGGCAGGCCAUGGAACGUCUGGAUGCAGAGCUUGCAGAAAGGCGGAGUGACUUGGCAGCUGGAUGGUUCUGA